AUGAUGAAGUUUGUAAUGAUCAGAGAGUACAAGGGAUCAUUUAAUACUGUUUCUGCACACCUUCACAGAAAGAUGAUGAACCCCUUCAUAUUGCUCAUGACUCUCUCCUGCUUAAAGGAGCAGUGUUUGGAGAAAAACAUCUGCCAUGAAAUAUAUGGAGAAACGCCGACUCCUAAACUUGAAAACUGCGUUGCACAGAUUUGUAGAGAAUCAGUGGAGCCGUGUACACUCCGGUCCAUUCCAGACGGCAGAACAGAAAAGGAUGCUGUGCUGAAAGACAUCAACUCAUUGCUGAAUUGUGGCAAAAAGAUCGACGAGGACCCCACUGAAGUCAUAACAUGUAUUCUGGAAGUUCUUCUGGGAGACACACAGCAGCACAGCAACGAUGGAAUGUCUCCAUUUAUGUCCAGCAAUCACGAUUUUUCCAAUUACAUGUUUUGUUGGAUCAAAACUUUCCUAAGUAAGAUGGUGAAGAACUGCUUCAGUCACUACGAUGUGGGCACUUUGAGCACUCUGGUGGAACAUCUUACAAGUAAAAAAGGGCCUGAGGGCUGUUUCCUGGAAGUGCUUCCUUACUGGGGCAAGAAAUGCAUCCCAGUAUUCGUGCAGCUUUUUGGAGACAGCACAGCAAGUAAAAUGACUGACAACUGGGAAGAAUUGGAUACCUGUGCUACAAUUGGCAUUAACUUGUGGCAGGAAUGCUUGCGCAGGACCUCAGAUUUUCACGGUUCCAACCCGAACAUCGUAACUCACAUUAAAGACGUGUACGUCUGCACCGUCGACGAGAUGAUUUUAGCCACUGCAUCAUGUUAAACUCAUCAAGGGCGUGUUCUUCAUACAAAUCAAUCAGAAAGCAGAUCAUGUUGUUUCCUUUCAAAUAUAUUUACUGAUCAUUUGGGGUUUAUGUCUUAGGCCAGUUUAAUCAUUUAUUCCUGAACUGUUUAUCUUUCUUGUGGUUUUUUUGGUCACUUCAACUUUUAUUUUUUUUUUCUGUACCUUUGUAAAUGAGGACUUGUCCUCAGUGGGCUUCCUGGGAUUUAAAUAAGUAAAAUCCAUUUCCUACAGGCAUGUGCACAGACCAGUGGCGGCUGGUAUAAUUUUUAUUAUUUUUUUGUGGCCGCUAAAACAAAAUUAAAAUUUAACUUUUAAUAAUCGCCUGUAAAAAGCCAUAAGAGGUGGUGGAAAACCACAUAUAAUCUUAAGUGUAAGCUCGGCCGUGAUCAUGUGACUGCUGCUUAAUUAGAAGAUCAGGUCGAUCUGGUCCAAGCUCUUCAACUUUUUCUCUUUCUUCGUCCGAUCGCCUUGCGAAGAGGUAUUUUAGCAAAGAAAUUACAGAAUGUUCUCUCAUAUUUAUCUGCUUCCUUGUCAAUCACUAUUCAAUACAUUAACUAACGAUCUGCUGAGCGUUAAUGAGACUCGUUUAGAGUGGUCCAAUCACAUGAGCCCAAAUAUUUAAAAACAAUAUUGAUUCGCUAAGAACAAAAGUGGGAGGGUUCGGGGACGCACAGUGCUCCGCCCCAAGGAUGAUUUGAAAAAAAUUCGAUUAAAACUCAGCCUCAAGUCACAUGCCCACGUAGACACUUGUUUGUACAAAACACAAAUGAACAUAAUACAGUUUAAAUUAAUUUUUUUUAUUAUUUUAAAUAAAUUAUAUAAAAAAUACAGUGGAAUAUUGUGACUAAAUGAAUUAUUAAAAUAAAUAUGUAAAGCGGCAUUCUUUUCUGCCUAACGUUAAGGGGGCGACGCCCCAGCGCCCCUUAUUGACCGGCCGCCACUGGCACAGACAUGUUUCUCUUGCAUUAACAUUUCCCCUGAUAAGGACAUGCUUUGUUUGUUGUUUAUGGUAUGUAAAGUUUUGUUUAAAUAUCUGAUUAACAAUAAAGGUUUUCCUGAAUAUCAUUAAAAAAACGUGAAAUAAUACACAUCUUAUUCUAGCUAGGAAACAGCACCAGUGUUUCUAUGAUUAGGGAGAAUCAGUGCAAAAUAAUCUCAUUAAACUAGUUAUUAGAUAGCUUUACUUUAGAUUUUAUACACAUUAAUAUUCUUUACAGUUUUAAAUGUCUAAAUACAGUACUGCGUAAACAAGUCUUCA